ACAAUAGCCAAUUUUUUCAUUACCAAUGUCUUUGUCACACCAACCUCGUCUGAUAAGCGAACUGUUACAUGGUUACGAGAAAGGUACCUCAACGCAUAUUCACGGUCCUUUGUCUCUAACACCGAUAUAAAUAUUGGGCAACAGUGUUAUCAAAUUAUUACAGCACAGGUAGCAGUGCGAUACACAUCUCAAUCUCAACAUGGUGAAGAUAGCUCUAGGAGUUCUUUCGGCGGCUGCGAUCUCAGCGGCGGUGCAGGUCGGCUACGUGGCCCCUGCGGCGACCGGGUACAUCUACAGGAGCGACAACGACGGCCCUGCGAGCCUCAUACAGUUGGGAGCUCACUCGUACCAGCAGCCCGCAGCAUUCGCCCCCGCCCUACCUUUGCCUUUGGCCGAACCCCUGAAAGCUUACGAGGCCUACGAUUUAGGUCCAGUGCCAUUACCUUAUGUCGCCGCUAAACCCAUUGCGAUCGUAGAUGCUGAAGACGAUCAUGAUGAUGACGAUGAAGAAUCCGCGGAAUACCACGACUCAGGAGCGUUAGUCGGUCUCGGCCAUGGACACGGCUACGAGAAGGGCGACGGCAGUGACUACGGAGAGGAACAUCACUCUGCUCACGGCGAGAAAGGAAGCAAAGGAUACCACUCCAAGGGACACCACGCAGAGGGUAAAUCUGGACAUUACGGCAAGGAGCACAAAGAAGGUUUCCACAGCGAAGGAGAAGGCGAGAAGGGAUCGCAUCACGACGAAGCCGAUGCUCACGGAAAGCACUAUGAGUCUGGAGAGAGCUACGAAGGCGGAGACCACGGGCACAAGAAGCAUCACAGCAAGGGUGAAGACAUCACUGGAUAUCAUAAGGUGUUCAGCAAGGACGAGUUCAAGAAGGACCAUGACUUCUACGAUGUCGCUGACAAUAGCGGCCAUUUCAACAAGCACGGUUACGAGAAAGAGCACCAUGGAUCCGAGGAAGGUGGGCACAAGGAGGGUGGUCACCACGACUCCGGAUUUGAUAAGGGUGAAUUUGGAAAGGAAGGAUCUCAUGCUGAGGGCCAUGUUGAUGAUGCUGAUCACGAUCAUUCUGCUGAGGAGGGCGAGGAGAGCCAUUACAGCAACGAAGCGGACUUCGGGAAGAAGGGAGGCGCGUCCCACGAGAAGGAGUACCUUUAUGGAGACGACGAUGACGAUGAUGACGACGAAUAUUAGUAAAACGAAUUAUUGCGACUUUUGUAAAUAUCUGUUUAUCGUUUCUUGAUUAACUAAGUAUUUUGUUAUGUUUGAUAUUGAGAUAAUGUGUAUAAUUUUAUAUU